AUGGAUCACGACAUCUCUCAGACCAAAGACAGUCUUCAGCAGUUUGAUGUCUCCGGCAAUAGUCCAUCUGGUACUCUUGCCGCUUUGGGAGAGGAGUAUUCGUCGUUCUGGCAGGGACCAGGUCUCGCGGAGAUGGCUGCUGAACUGGGUCUGAAGGAGAAGUCGUUCGUAACCUUCGGCAGCGGCCAGACGGCCUCGUUUUCCAAAGCCUACUAUGCCAUGGAAGGGAAAGGCAAACCGCUUCUUGCGCCAAUACCACCAGACGUAUUUCGAGAUGCCUUGGCACGCCCUCACGCGGUACACGAAAGAGCUCACCUCGUGCUCAUCUAUGGAGUUCUGUUAACCGAGGCUGCGUUAAAUGAAAGCUACGACAGGACCACCGUCACCAAGUUGAGAUGGAACCUCAGGCUUUCCAUCGACGAUGCGAGACUACUGCUAGAACCAAGCGACCUCAAUAUGCAGGCGUUGAUGAUCUUGGCUUUCCAUGUUCAAGAAGUCACAACCCCAUCGCUGUCUUGGAUGGUCUUUUCGAUCGUCUGCAGAAUGCUGCAAGCGUUGGGCGUCAAUGCAAGGAGUCUGGACCCCGAGACUCGAGAAAGACGCCUCCUCCUGGCCUGGACUUUCAAUGCCAUCGACAAGAAUCUUGCGCUCAUCUUCGGGCGGCCGCCCGCUAUGCACAAGAUCACGAACGCUAACCUGCCGAUUAUUCCUGUGCACAAACUGUUGGAAUACCGGCCUCACCAGGUCAUUGACGGCGGCCGCAUUGGGACUUCCUACCAGAGCACCUUCGGUGCGCACUUCCUCUACUUCAUGCACCGCUCUUCAGAGGUGACUGCCGAUAUCUGGUCUUGCCUGUACGAAGACAGCUCCAACAUCGCUCGCGUACGCGAGAAGCUGGAUGACUGGCACCAAAAGACAACUUCGACCCUCGAAGCAUGCCUGGUCGCAGAACAGCCUUUCAUGGCCCCAGAGGCUCUCGACUCCAUGCGCUUGGGCAUCAAGUAUCAACACUUCAACUACAACUACUUCAAAGUACUGCUGAUCCGCUCACGGCCCGAUCUGCGCGAAGAAUGCAUCUCGUCCUCACAACAGAUCUUGUUUUUACUCGAAGACUUGGUCUCCGACUCGUCUGAGGUGUUCAACGGCGUUAUUUGGGUCAUCCUGUACUGCCCUUUUACGCCGUUCUUCAUCCUGUUUGGUGAAGUUCUAUCAAAAGGCAAUACUCCGUCCACAAAACGGUCGUUGAAGGCUUUGGAGACGAUGUCUUCGUUUUUGAAUCAGAUGAGAUCUCGUCAUCCUCAGGCGGCCAAGCUUCAUACGAUCGCUACGACAUUCGUGCAGUAUGCUCAGCAGGUCCUUCGAAGGUCCGAAGACUCUAAGACAGAGGCAGACGCUGCUGCUGAUCCAAACGCACGCGUUCCUACGAGCACGAGUACUUCAGUGGGCACAAACAACACCAUCCCUCCGACAAGUCUGCCUCAUGAGCCAGCCCCGGAUCAGCAGCACCCGCAAGACUUACUCGAUUUGUUCAACGAUCCAGCCGUGCAAGACCUUUCCAUGGACAUGGACUUCUGGCUACCAAAUGCCUCGACAUCGCUCCAGCCUGAAGUCCAGCCGAGCAGUAUGGAGGGCAUGCUCCAAAGCGCCGGCAUGGCCAGCAACGAUGCCUAUGGAUUCUUCGCGGACUCCAACUUCGACUGGCUUUCAUGGGAUGCGAUGACUGAUAUGUCCAUGCAGUGA